ACGGACAGCUAAGCUUUUUCCAUUAUGAAUCUACUUCUAAAGUCCAUAUGAAGGUUCGGGCAGGGAAACGAUAAACGAAGCUAAGAUCAGAGUACUGAAAGUGAAAGUAGCCAUUCGUCAAACCAUGGAUCAGAGUCUUUGCAUGAAUGGAGGAGAAGGAAGAGCUAGUUAUGCCCAGAAUUCCUUCGUCCAGAAACAGGUUAUGUCCCGAGCAAUGCCAGCACUGCAAGAAACCCUUAGAGAGCUCUAUCUAGAUAGCUUCCCUGAAUGCUUGAAAUCGGCAGAUUUGGGAUGCUCUUCAGGUCCCAACGCACUGCUGUUUUUGAGGGAAAUGAUCGAUUCCAUCGAUGCCAUACGAAAGAAACUAAAUAAGACGGAACCCACGUUUCAGAUUUUCCUAAACGAUCUCUUCGAUAACGAUUUCAACAACUUAAUCAGAUCAAUCCCGAGCUUUUACGAGGAGCUGAGGAGAGAGAAGGGAGGAGAUUUCGGACCUUGUUUCAUAGCGGCAAUGCCCGGGAAUUUUUAUGGGAGGUUGUUCCCCGACCAUUCUCUUCAUUUCAUACAUUCUUCAUAUAGUGUCCACUGGCGCUCUCAGGUGCCCGCCAAUCUCGUUAGUGAGUUCGGAUCGCCCUUAAACAAAGGCCAUAUUUAUCUGGCAAGGAUAACCCCGAAGAGCGUGUACGAGGCAUACUUGGACCUUUUCAACAGGGACAUGACUGUGUUCCUCAAGUCUCGUUCGGAAGAGCUAGUCCUUGGAGGUCGUAUGAUGUUCACAAUGAUCGGAAGAGAUGCGAGUGUCAAUUUGUCCGAGGAUCAAGUCUCUAAUAUAUGGGAAUUGCUAGGAAUGACAAUAAGCGAUAUGGUCCAAGAGGGAAUAAUCGAAGAGGAAAAACUAGAUGAUUGCAACAUGCCCUUUUACCUACCUACUCUUGAAGAAGUUAGAUAUGUGAUUCAAAAGGAGGGCUCAUUUGACAUCACUAGGUUCGAAACAUUUAAAGUCACCUGGGACGCCGAAAUGGGCGACGGCGAUUUACAAAUGAGAGGCAAAUAUGCGGCAGCAACCAUUAGAGCGGUCUCAGAGUCCAUCCUAACAACACAUUUCGGAGAAGAAGUCAUGGAUGGCUUGUUUGAGAGGUUUGCUAGCAAAGUUUCACAGUACAUGAAACUACAUAAAGGAGAAUAUUUCAACAUCCUAGUUUCAGUAAAGAACAGAUGGAUAUCAACCCUCAUGCAAUCCAGUUAGCCCUUAACUCGAGUGAAAACAAUGUCAAACAUAUGUAGAGAUGUGUGUCAUGGAAUAAGCGAACUUUUCUUGGAUGAGCGCA